CGGGUGGUGGAGAUCCAGUCGCAGAUGUCGGAGCGGGCUGUGGAGCUGCUGGGACUGCCUGAGAACCGGCCGUGCCUCCUCCUGGACGUGGGCUGUGGCUCCGGGCUGAGUGGGGAUUACAUCUCGGACGAGGGUCACUACUGGAUUGGCAUGGACAUCAGCCCCGCCAUGCUGGAUGUGGCUGUGGAGAGGGAGGUGGAAGGAGACCUUCUCCUUGCAGACGUGGGUCAUGGCAUUCCCUUCAGGCCUGGCAUGUUUGAUGGCUGUAUCAGUAUUUCCGCAGUGCAGUGGCUUUGUAAUGCUGAUAAGAAAUCACACAGUCCUUCAAAACGCCUUUAUCGAUUCUUCUCAACUCUUUAUACUGCCUUG